AUGAGAGCCGUGGGGAGUAUAGCCAGGUACAUAUCGAAAGGGGUGAACACUGUUUCCAGCCCCUUCGAUCCGUUUGGUGGAGCAGUGGACAUAAUCGUAGUUGAACAGCCUGAUGGUACUUUCAAAUCCUCUCCUUGGUACGUCCGCUUCGGGAAAUUCCAAGGGGUUUUGAAGACAAAAGAGAAGAUUGUUAAGAUAUGUGUCAAUGGGGUUGAGGUGGACUUCCACAUGUAUCUGAACCAUAAAGGGGAAGCCUACUUCCUCAAGGAAGUGGAUGAAGAAGGGGAAUUAUGUGAGAAAUUUCCUUCUGGUGGAGAGAGAGGAGGGCAUUCAUGGGAGAUGUCAGGAAGUCGCAGUUUCAAUUCUAAUGGGCCUAUUUUGAGUGAAGCUAGAAAUGAAAAUAUUAUGCUCAGAAGUAAUUCUCGCCGAUCACGAGCUUCUGGGCUUGUUUCGGGGUGCAGAUUGAUGAGGACUGAUGGUUCCAGGAAACGAGAGGUUGAUGUUGGUGUCAGAAGGAGAGGUUCAUUAGAGCAUGCGGAGAUUGCAGCUGAACUUCUGGAGUUGAAUUGGUCGACAAAUUUUGCCUCUUUCAAGUUCAGGAAAAUAUAUUCUCCUCCUGAUACCUUUGACAGUAAUAUUGUCAAUGUGGAUGAGAAGACAAGCUGCAAGAAGUCCCUUGUCCACAGUAACCCAGAAACCAGUUUAACGAAUGACCCAUCGCAUGAGGAAGCUACUUCCUGCAACGUGAGUGUGCAGUCAGUUGAAAACAUGGACUUCACUGUCCAAUGUACUGAUGGAAAACUUUCACAUUUGAAUGGUAUCACAAAAGGCAUAGCUACAUCCACUGGAGGCAGUCAUAUAUCCAAGGAGCAAACCUAUGGAGUUCAUUCCUUAACUGUUGAGACAUUGAAGAAGUUAUGUGCCUCUAAUGAGCAAUGCAAACAAAUAUUGCACCAUGAUAGCAGAGAAACCCAGGGUGUCCAUCCGGAAGCGGUAUUGAUAAAUAACAGCAGAAUUGCUGAGGAAUUUAAGGGGAUACGCCACAGAGAUACAGUCACAAUACUGGAAACUUUUGAACCAGUUGACACCAGCAUCACAUAUGGAUCUGUCAAGAAAACAGAAUCACCAAGCAGCUGUAGCAUCUCCGUUUUCAGCGGCAGAAUUAGCCAAGCAGGUCAAAACAGUUCUACUCAUGAAACAAGCAAGUUCCAACUCAGUUCAGAGACUAUGGACACUACCUAUGGGUCAUAUUGUGGUUUUCUUCUGACAAAAACCCCCUGUUUUCCAUCAGAAAAUAAUUCAACUGGUGAACUUCUUUUGAGCGGCCUUGAUGAGUCCAAAGUCAAUGAGGUCACUCCAGGGGAAGACAUAACAUCGGUUCCCAUUGACAAAGAAAGAAAUCUCUCAUUGAGCCCACAGUGCUGCUUGGAACCGGCAAGCACGUUAAUUUAUGUGAAGGAUGAGUUACUUGUGAUAUCAGACAACUUUGGUCGAGAAAAUCCAUCAACUGAUGCUGAAUAUGCAGACAAAAGGUCAAGGAUCACUUCAGUUCCCACAGGUAUAAAUAGAGAUCAUACUUUACCCAAGCCGAAGUAUAGGAAAAAGAUGUUCAGGGCAAAGACUCCAACAUCUGAACAGGUGGCAUCAUUGAAUUUGAGGGAAGGGAGUAACACGGUUACCUUCACCUUCUCAACAGCAAUGCUGGGGAAGCAGCAGGUUGAUUGCAAAAUCUAUUUAUGGAAAUGGAAUGAUCGUAUUAUUAUUUCUGAUGUGGAUGGCACUAUUACCAAGUCUGACGUUUUGGGGCAGUUCAUGCCUUUGGUUGGGGUAGAUUGGUCACAUACAGGUGUUGCACGUCUCUUUUUGGCUAUUAAGGAAAAUGGAUAUCAAUUGCUUUUCCUUAGUGCGCGUUCCAUUUCUCAGGCUUAUCUGACUAGGCAAUUUCUAUUCAACCUUAAACAGGAUGGAAAUGCCUUACCAGAUGGCCCUGUUGUUAUAUCUCCUGAUGGGAUUUUUCCUUCUUUAUUUCGAGAAGUUGUAAGGAGAUGUCCUCAUGAAUUUAAGAUAGCAUGCUUAGAGGACAUCAAGUCAUUGUUCCCCUCAGAUUGCAAUCCAUUCUAUGCUGGUUUUGGAAACAGAGACACUGAUGAAAUCAGUUACCUCAAGGUUGGAAUACCAAAAGGAAAAAUUUUCAUCAUCAACCCCAAGGGUGAGGUUGCCGUGAACCAUCAUAUUAACACAAAGUCAUAUACAUCUAUUCAUGCUCUUGUUCAUGGCAUGUUUCCACCGAUGACCUCACAGUCCUCACCUGAGCAGGAAGACUAUAACUCAUGGAACUUUUGGAAACUGCCUUCUCCUGCUAUUGACAUAUGA